ACAGCUUACAGCGUAUUCGUCGUUCAGCCGUUGGUAUCGAUGCGUCGGGAGGCGCUGUUUGUGACUAAUUUAAUCGUUAAUCGAUAAUUGAAUUUAAUCGACAACCGAAUUGCGCGUAAUUUCAUAUCGUGAAAUCUUCGGACUUCGGACUGGCGGAGUAAGGAGACAUCGUGGAAACAUGAAGGAGAUCCUUAUCGCGCUCAGCGCGAUUCUAGCUGUAACCGCAGCUAGAGUGAUCAUAUCUGCUAACACAGAAGAUGGUCUUUUGGGUAGAAAUGAAUGUACGUGGGGUCCAAGUUACUGGUGCGAGAAUCUAAAGACAGCUAAACAAUGUAGCAAUGUCAAACAUUGUAUUCAUAAAUAUUGGGAGCAGAUGGAAGUUCCAGAAGAUAAUGAUAAUGUAUGUGGAAUUUGUAAAGAUAUGGUAAAACAGGCGCGAGAUCAAUUGGAGAGUAAUCAGACUCAACAAGAUCUGAAAGAUGUCUUUGAAGGAAGUUGCAAACUAAUUCACAUUAAACCAGUUGUUGACGAAUGUAUCAAACUUGUGGAUCAAUUUAUUCCUGAACUUGUAGAGACACUGGCAUCUCAAAUGAAUCCGUCUGUCGUUUGUUCUGUCGCAGGAUUGUGUAACAAUGCUCAUAUAGAUAAAUUGCUUACAGAGUAUCAAACUUCGAUAAAGAAGGACGAAACAAAAUUAGUUGUAUUAAAGAAUGAUGAACUUGAGCCUGACGAGUGCACCAAAUGUUACACGAUAGCAAAGUAUAUGGAAAAUAAAUUGCAUCAUACACCGCAGAACACAAUGCUUCUACAAUUUUUGAAUGUUUGCGGUCAACUUAGUUCUUACUCGGAUUCCUGUUCGGCCAUUGUUAUGAAACAUUUUGAUGCCAUUUAUAACCAUUUGCAGGAUAAUUUCAAUGCGGAUAAUAUAUGUCACUUAUCGGGACAGUGCAGCAGCAAAUAUCAUAAACACGAAAAUAGUACAGUUCCAGAAGUAGAGAUAACACCAUUGUCAAGUGUAGGCAUGGUAGAAGUUGAAGAUGAUCUCCCAUGUAAGUUGUGUGAGCAACUUGUGGGUCAUUUGAAAGAUCUUUUAGUUGCAAACACGACGGAGAUAGAAUUUAAAGAAGUUCUCCUAGGUCUUUGUAAGCAAACUAAAUCUUUUGCCGAUGAGUGUAAAGCCAUAAUUGAAGAGUAUUAUGUACAAAUUUAUGAAUAUCUUACAAAAGGAUUGAAUAGUAAUGUUAUCUGUCAAAUGUCUGGAAUUUGUCCUAGUCCUGACAAAACGGUGCAAGGACCAAUUUGGCCUUUGGUCCCAGUAGAAGUAGCAAAUAUAGGAAUGAAGGUAAUGGAAAAGGUACAACCUCGAAAAGGGGUGGCUGAAGUUACUAUUGGCAAAGAAUAUCCAAAAUCAGAAGCUGAAGAGAUGCAACUACCUUUUGAAAGAUUGAUGCCUCUUUCUUUAGUGCAAUCUGAAAGUGUUGAUGGAAUGAAAGCCUGUACAUUUUGCGAGUAUUUGUUGCAUUAUAUUCAAGACGCUAUUACAAAUCCUGUAACUGAGGAGAAAGUGAAAGAAUUUCUUGGAAAAAUAUGUACAAAGGUACCUUCUUCCAUUGAAGGCGAAUGUGAACAAUUUGUAAAUACUUACGGGGAUGUAGUUGUGGCCCUACUUGCCCAGGAAAUUGAUCCAUCACAGAUUUGUCCUAUGCUACGUAUUUGCCCAUCAGAAGCAUUGUUAAACAUAUGGAAAAAAAUUCCUAAAGAGUUUACCAUUACAGAAGAAAAAGAUAAACCAGGUUGUCCAUUGUGUUUGCUUGCAGUACAGCAGAUUUAUAAUGCUAUCGAAAAUAAUAGAACUGAGGCUAACAUUAGAGCUGAAUUGAAUAAAUUAUGUAAUCAUUUGCCACGUAAUUUGAUCGAUGAAUGCACAGAUUUUGUGAAAUCAUAUAGCGACGAACUUGUAGAGAUGAUACUUACAGAUUUGUCUCCCCAGGAAGUAUGCGAAUAUCUUCGUUUAUGUGUGUCAACCAAAGAUCCUGGUCCAAAACAUAACUAUAUUACUGAGCAGGAUGGAGAAAUACUAACCAAUGAGAUACCUGAAUAUCCAUUACAUAUAGUUCAACCCACAAAUUCUUUAUCCGAUAGUGGGUGUGUAAUUUGUGAAUUUGUAAUGAAAUAUAUUGAUAAAGAGAUUGGUAACAAAAAGGCGCGGGAUAAAAUCGAAAAUGUGGUACAUGGUGUGUGCAAUCAUUUACCAAAAACAGUUGCCAAGGAAUGCAAUGACUUUGUGGAUAACUAUGCUGACACCGUAAUAAGAAUUCUUUCAGAGGAUGUCAGUCCUAAAGAGGCCUGUAGGGUGUUAGGUCUUUGCACCGUGAGCAUGGUACAAAUUCAAGAAUCUGUAACUGAAUGUGCCUUAUGUCGAGCAAUUAUAUCGCAAAUUGAUAAGCUGUUAGGUGAUUCAAAGGUGGACGCUGAAAUCGAAGAAGUUGUUAGGAAGGUGUGCAAGUAUCUACCAGCAGAUAAACAAGAUAUGUGCAACAAGAUGGUGAAUAUUUACGGGCCCAGUAUAAUAAAUAUGCUGAAAGAUGAUAUUGAUAGUGAACAAAUGUGCAGCAAAAUGGCUUUAUGCUCUUCCAAUGACUAUUUUGCAAUGUCACUUAUGAAUUCACGUGUAUCACGAUCAAUUACCGAGUCUAAAAAAUGUACGUGGGGCAAAGAUUUCGUGUGCGAAAACGAAGAAAUAGCGAGACUUUGCAACGUUACGAAGCAGUGCGAAGAACACCGCAAAAAUGGUGAAGUUCAAUAAUUUUUUCAAUUAAGAGUGAUUGCACAAGCUGCAAAUUGGAGGCAAACAUAAGAAGUGAGAACAAAGCGUGAUGCGUUAUGCUCCUCAAUUGAAAGUGUUAGACUUCUGGAGAUAUUAGCUGUAGCCUAUUUCAUGUUAUGAUAUUAUAUAUAGAUCAUCUUUUUAUUAAAUCUCUCUAACUGUAUUCGAGUGCUCAAAUAAUAUUGAUCUGUGUAGACAUGACGAAUGCCAUGCGAUUUUCAUAUUUGAACCAAAUAAUACGCGUAGUUGCCGUACCUAAGUUAUGUUGACGAAAUUUCUAAUUUUUAAUAACACCGCAAGGGUCUAUUAUUUUCUUCAAUU